AUGGAAGGCCGUUGCCAGUGCGGCGCCGUCCGCUUCACCACGCCGCUCGCCCGCCCGCUGAAGAUGUACGUGUGCCACUGUCUCGAGUGUCGGCGACAGAGCGCGUCUGCGUUCGGCGUGACUGCUAUCUUUCCGGCGUUUUCGCUGUCGAACCAGAAACAGAGCCGCACCGCGACCGUCCCGGAGGUGGAAGAGACGGACUCGAAGACAGACUCGAAGACAGACUCGAAGACAGACUCGAAGACAGACUCGAAGACAGACUCGAAGACAGAGUCGAACCCAGAGGUGGAUGUGGAGGUGGCGACAGCCGAACAACAAGACACCGACACCAAUCCCGAUCCCGAUCCUGAUUUCGAUCCCAUCGGACUCUACCAGCACAGCAACACAUCUUCCGGCCGCGUCAAGAAAGGCUACUUCUGCAAAUUAUGCGGCACGCGUCUCAUGCACGACGGCCCUACCCACGUCGCGGUCAAGGGUGGCUGUCUGGAAGCAUUGGAUCGGGACCUGUUGGAUUCCGCCACGCAUAUCUGGACCAAGAGGGCCAUUGUGGCUAUUCCGCAUGGGGUCGAGUCGUAUUCUGAGGAGCCGCCGGCGUAA